AUGUUCCUGGAUGAGCUGGGGCGAGUCCCUUUGCUGAAGCUGUCUUCAAUUUCUGUGACAUCUUCUCCCUCUUCCCCUCUACAUACACUAUCUCCAGAAAACCCAAACACACUUUACAUUCCCCACAACAAUCCUCGCACUCAUCAAUGCGACUCUGGUAAACAUUCUAUCAAGACGGACAGCGGUCAGCAUGCCAAACCGGGAACCACGAGCGAUAUCGCCGGUGUGAGUGCGAGUAUCCAAGUCAAAGACGGAAACUUACCCAGAAUUAACGAACUGGGCCAAGCAUGGGACUGGAAGGAUAAGGACGAGAUGGCAAACCCCAGCAUUAUACCGUAUCCCGGCAACCCCCAUAACCCUUCAUCACCCUUGACGCCCAUCCCAAUAGCCUCGGGCUUUGAUACCGACGUCGCACCACUACGCAUGACUCUGUCUCCAUACUCACUCCUAACAACCGACAGCCACCAGCUUCCAGCUUCAUCGACUCCAUCCUCAGCGAUAAAAUCAACAGCAGUACAUACAAACCAAAGCAAUGUACAGAAUGAUCGUACAUCUUCGCCUACUCCACGCUCACGGCCAAAGCCUACGCCAAUCGCUACAGGGUUGCAUCUCCAGGGAUCAAAUCCUGCUCUGACCAGCGUUACUGUUGACUAUAAAAGAGAGGGUGUUUAUCAUUCGGAAACGGGGCCUUGUAUACACCCUCAAGUAUCGUGGGAAAGUGGUUGCCCUACGAGUGAGGAAAGAGGUGCAAAGGCUGGAGGCCGGGACAGCGGCAUUGCUCUCGAGACUUGGGAUGCUCCCUGUUCUCGUUUGGAUCCCACAAAGAGCGAGUUGCAAACAAACGAGGCACGUGUAAAAGCGAAGGAGCGCUUCCCUACCUUCGACCAACUUUUACAGCCAGACUUGGCCCUGCAAGAUCCGUUCCGUAUGGCGUCAAAUGAGCCAGGACAAUCAGCACAGAGACUAGAGCGUAGACAGCGCUGUCGCUCCAUGGUCCACCCACACAGCGCACCCGCCACUGAGACAGAAAGUUCUUUCAUUGAUCCCUCAGAUGCUCGCCCAGCUGCAACAGUACCUUUAGGAACAGGGUCCAAGCCACGUGCGAAACGCAUCGCAUCCAUGUCUUUUGGAAGCAGUGCUCACAUCGAUGCCAAUAAUUCAGCCAUGUUCUCUCACGAACUCCCUCCGCUCCCUCCAAUGGCAAAUUCAAUGACUACGACUGCGCCCAAAACCUCGUUCUUUGUUUCGCCCUUGCUCCAAGAUGGCGCUACCAGCUCCCAUCAGACCUAUCCUCAACGUCGUGAAUUGGGAAGCUCCAAUUCCUCACAAUCAUCAUUGUCUUCUUCAUACUCCUCAUCAUCGUCUUCUGCUUCUGCGACGAUAUCGCUCUCGAGGGCACCAUCGCCAACACCGAAUUCAAUAUCCGCAUUUUCUCAUGGAAUCUCGUUUUCGAACAUGUUGGACUUGGCCACCGCAAAGGCUGAAAACAUCACUGGACUCUACUUUGCGAAGCAGAUGAAUCGAAGGUCGGUUCCUCUAGACUUUUCCAGCUCCCCCCUGGGCACAUUCUCGUCACCGCAUUCAUCCAUUCCCAAUUCCUCUGAGACCGGCACCGAGCAUGGUAUGAAUCAAAAGACAACAGGUAUCAGGAUUGACAUCGACACGCCAUCUCCUGUUUCUGGCAUAGCGCACGGCUUGCGAGCGGGUGACUCGACUGGGGUUGAAGGCAAUUCUAGAAAGCAGGAUACCUUUCCACCAAAGUCGAGACGAGUACGAACUUUCACAGCGGAGCCUCUACAGAACAAUACUCACCUGGACACCAGCAUCAGUCCAUCCGCAGACACACAAGCGUCCGUGUCUUCCGAUCGUCCAUCGUGUACACCGAUAAGAGGUCAACACCGGCGAUCGCAUUCUGCAUCGCAUUUUUUCCACUUGUCAUCGCUCAAGCGUCACUCGCCAGCCCAGUUCAACCUUGCACUGUGCUAUGAGCACGGACAGGGAGGGGUCGGAAAGGACUUGGAAAAGGCGCUCAAUUUCUAUCAGCAGGCGGCAGAUCAGGGCCACACCAAAGCCAGCUAUAAUAUUGGGUGCAUCUGCUACAAUCACGGUGAAGUGUCCAAGGCUAUGACUUGGUUUGAACGUGCAGGGAAAUGCAGUGUCCGAGGACUUGUGGCAGAGGCCACCUAUCCGUCUCUUUCGGAGCACAGCAAACCGCAGUCAUCACUCGACUACCCUCUGCCGAAGCAAACAACGCUCCCUCACGAACUGGAGGACAUGCUCCUUGGAGAUAUGUCUGGUGCUUCUGGGCCGUUUGUUGCAUAUCUCCCUGCGAUCCUUUGUCUAGCCCUUUUGUGUCGACAGGGUGUCCAACUCAAGGAUGGCGCAGUGAUUCUUAAACAGGAUUAUGAUCAAUCGGUAGAGCUGCUACAGAGCAUCCUUCAAAAGGCCUCGUCUCAGUCUCAUCCAGGCAAUGAGAGGGAUGUUCUGGAGACUACAUAUCCAUGCAGGGAGCCUUCUAGCAAUCGAGCGACGGAUACAGAGGCAGAGAGUGCCAGCGCAUCGUUCGCGGCUCGAAAACGCGGCUCCCAAGGUGGUCUGAAUCCCAGCGGUCAUACCCUCUCAUCGACCCUUCUCUCAACUUCAUGUCCUUCUCUCCCGUUGCGAAACCAGUCCACAAGCGACUCGUUCGUUACAUCCUCAGACUCUACACAUUCUUUGUCCUCGCAAACGGUGUCCGACAAGACCAAAAGGCCCUCAACCGUUCAGGACGAAGCAGACGACGAGGUGCUUCAGGACCAAGUGCCUGCUCGUACUCGCGUCCAAGGAUCGGAGGGUUUCGAAGCAUGCAACGAGUCGUUGGAGCUACAUGGAUAUGAUGACCACGAAAGCUGCUCCGUCACUCUGGCCCAUCAGUUGCUCAAGGUGUGGAAACCUGUGAAGGCAGCUAAAGGGGAGGCCACGCCUGAACUUGCAGCGGAAAUGGAAAAGAGGAGCAAGAGAAUCCUUCGUCACCACCUGCUAUACAUCACUAAUCCGAUCUUGGGCAGGAACCUCUACAAUCUCGGAGUAUUGUACGAUCUGCACCUGGGAGACGCAGCUAUCGCGAUCAAGUGCUACCGAUCCGCGUAUCACAACAGCCAUGGUAUGAUCGUUCCUCCAGCAUCAAAAGACUUGUCAGCUCAACCGGGCGACUCACAUCAACAGCAAGAGCGACAGCACUCCAAUUUGGUGACAAGGAUCAACAGUGCUUGGAACCUAGGGGUUCUUCAUGUCAGAUGCAAGGAAUGGAAACCAGCGCAGGAAUGGUUCCUGCGUGCUCAACAGGACGUCCAUAUGCUCGAACGUCAGCAGCAUCUCAGUAAGGAAUACAGCUCUGCUCAAGCAUCAGAAGCCCAAGACAAGAAUAGUGUUCAUGGCCAAAAGAUACUCGGCAACGACAACGACGACAACUAUCAGGCACCCAGGACGAUGAGAAGGUCGCUCGUAAAUGUUGUUCCCCAUACAGUGACAGCUCUUCCAUCGGACAGUCCUGGAAAGAGGCAUGCUAGAGAGCACGGCCUUUUGAUGCACCUGGGGUCUAUCCCCAAUGGUUCCACUGCCGCUGAAUGUGGCUCUGAUGGCACUCACAAGCAAGACUCUGCUUAUAGGAGGAAAAAGAAGCGAGGAACAAAAGGAAGCGAGGCCAUUUUAGAGGAGACAAUCAGGACGGAUGCCGGCAAAGUUGCCUGGGUGCUGCGCUGGGUUGAGUCCCACAUAGAACCGUGA